CUGCUGAGCUCGUGGGAUAAACUAGCAGCAGCUGCUGCACUCUCCUGCUCUCCCCACCCCUAAUAGGGUUUAAUUACCCCGGAGAGGAGAGGAGAGACAAACAGAUCCCACUUCCAGCUCCAGACUGACCCAAAAAGCAGUGCCAGCCUUUAGCUGAGCUAUGGAUCUGAAGGACAGCACCAGUGAGGGCAGCAUGGGCAGCCUGCAGCCUUCCAGCAUCCAGAUCUUUGCCAACACCUCCACACUCCACGGGAUCCGCUACGUCUUCGUCUAUGGGCCGGUGACCGUCCGGCGCCUGCUCUGGACCUUGGCCUUUGUGGGUUCCUUGGGUCUGCUCCUGGUUGAGAGCUCAGACCGAGUGGCUUUCUACUUCUCCUACCAGCACGUGACCAAAGUGGAUGAGGUGGUGGCAAACAGCUUGGUGUUCCCUGCUGUCACCAUCUGUAACCUCAACGAGUUCCGUUUCUCCCGGCUCACCACCAACGACCUGUACCACGCUGGGGAGCUCCUGGCACUGCUGGAUGUCAACCUGCAGAUCCCCAACCCUCACCUGGCUGACCCAGCUGUCUUAGCCAUCCUCCAAGAGAAGGCUAACUUUAAGCAGUACAAACCCAAAGUUUUCAGCAUGCAGGAGUUCCUGGCACGGGUUGGCCACGACCUGAAGGAUAUGAUGCUCUACUGCAAGUUCAAGGGCCAGGAGUGCACCCAUGAGGACUUCAAACCU